UCGGUGCGCCCCGGGACCCAUGGAGCUGCGCGGGGGCAACGGCAGCUGCGAGAACGGUUCCCUUGUCAGCCUCUACUGCUCCUCCCAAGAAGUCUUGUGUCAGAUAGUUAAUGGCUUCAGCCCUGAGGUGCCCAACAAUGCUACCCUGAUCAGCUGGCAAGAGAGGGUCAGGAAGAACUAUGGCUUCUACAUCGGCGUGGGCCUGGCCGUCCUGUCCUGCUUCCUCAUUGGCAGCAGCGUCAUCCUCAAGAAGAAAGGCCUCAUACGGCUUGUGGACACGGGGGCCACACGGGCAGUGGAUGGGGGCUAUGGUUACCUGAAGGACGCCAUGUGGUGGGCUGGAUUUGCCACAAUGUCUGCUGGAGAAGUUGCCAACUUCGGGGCGUAUGCAUUUGCACCUGCCACAGUGGUCACACCGCUGGGAGCGCUGAGUGUACUCAUAAGCGCUGUCUUCUCCUCGUAUUUCUUGGGAGAGUGUCUGAAUUUGCUGGGGAAGCUGGGCUGUGUGAUCUGCAUGGCUGGAAGCACGGUGAUGGUGAUACACGCACCCAAAGAAGAGAAGGUCACUACGGUCGUGGAGCUGGCUUCCAAGAUGAAAGACACAGGGUUCGUCGUGUUUGCUGUGCUUCUAGUGCUCUGCUGCCUCAUCCUCAUCUUCAUCGUUGCCCCCCGCUACGGACAAAGGAAUAUUCUCAUUUACAUCAUCAUCUGCUCUGUGAUUGGGUCCUUCUCUGUGACUGCCGUCAAGGGCCUAGGGGUCACCAUCCGGAACUUCUUCCAGGGACUGCCUGUGGUGCGGCACCCCCUCCCCUACAUCCUGUCCCUCAUCCUGGGACUUUCCAUCGUCAUCCAGGUCAACUUCCUCAACAGGGCGCUGGACGUUUUCAACACCUCGCUGGUCUUCCCCAUCUACUACGUGGUCUUCACCACGGUCGUGGUGGCCUCCUCCAUCGUGCUCUUCAAAGAGUGGCACACCAUGUCUGCCGUGGACAUCGUAGGCACCAUCUCUGGCUUCGUCACCAUCAUCCUGGGUGUGUUCAUGCUCCAUGCUUUCAAAGACUUGGACGUCAGUCAAAUCAGCUUGCCACACACUCACAAAAACAACCCAACCCCAGCUCCCACGCCGGAGCCCACAGUCAUUAAACUGGAAGACAAGAACGUCCUCGUGGACAACAUAGAACUUGCCAACACCCCGUCCCCACAACAGAAGCCCAAAGUAUUUAUGAUCGAUUCUUAACACCCGGACUACUCGAGUAAGAAGGGGAGCCCAACGGUUCAGCCUCACCUCUCAAGUUCAAAGCCACCUGGCUGUUUCCAGCACAGCUGUUGCCAAGGGCUGUCUUUUCUUGAGAUAUCCAUUUAUACCUCAUCACUGUUUCUAGGAGGUAAAAAUCCUGACCCAGUGAGUGGAACUUCCUAGAAACGCAGCCUCAGUGACCAAAUACCCUCGUUUCUGUUGCAGCCAGCGAGUUCCCCCUUCCCACCGGCUCCCUCGGGGCCGCCUGUGCCGUUGGGAGGAGGAUAGAAUUUGACCUGCUGAAUGUAGCCCAGUUCAAGACCUUCCUGCGAUACAGGUCAUCAGGAAACGCUUUGCCACC